AUGGAACUAACCAGGGUUGAUUAUACACUUCUUGGAUUAACUUCACCACAUUGUAUGAAACUAUUGCCUAAUAAUAUACAGAAAAUGGCUCAAAAGGUAGCAGUUGGUGACCAUGAUGGAGUGGUUCAGUUAUUUUCCUUAAAACGCGGAGAAAUUCAACUUGGCUUCAAGACUUUACCUGGAGAUAAAAUAACAAGAUUACUUUUAGGAGGAGCCUUAGGAACUCCUCAAGAUAAAAUCUUUGUUUCCUCAAAAAAUGAGGUUCGUGGCUACACAAAAAAAGGCAAAUUAUUCUUAGGAUUUGAGACAAAUCUAACAGAGACCAUUCAAUCGAUGGCAGUGAGUGCCAGUGACCUGAUGGUGUGUGGCAGCCAGAUCUACAACCACUAUAGAGACUGUAAGGAUGCAGACUCUUACCUCUCAGCUGAUCAUAUCAACGAUGUCAUUGCACUUUCAGCUGAGAAGCUCCACCGCUUGACCCCGGUGUUGGCUUGUGAGGACAGAAUGCUCAGAGUGCUGGAUCACUCUACUCUAGUACACAGCUUCCCUCUGGCAGGUGUACCAACUGUGCUGCACCUGUACAACAAUGAUGGCAGCAGCACCGGGGACCAACUCUUGUAUGGUACAGACGACGGCUCCAUUGGCUUGGUGCAGAUUACCAAGGCAGGGGUGUCAGCCAAGUGGCGUAUAGAGCCAGGCAAGCAUCGUGGAGGUGUUCAGUGCCUCUACUGUUAUGACAUGACGGGUGACGGAGUGCCAGACUUGCUUGUAGGACGGUCUGAUGGGACAGUGCAGAUCUAUUCUAUUCCUGUUGAUGAUGCUGAUGACUUAAACCAACCUUCAGAGAGGUUUUCACAUGUUUCCACUGAAAGCGUAACAGCCAUCCAAGGAGGCGUGGUGGGAAAUAACGGAUUUGAUGAAGUUCUAGUCACAACAUAUACUGGUUGGUUUUUUGGAUUGACAACAGAAGUAAUUGACAAACAAAUGAGUGGAGAGGGUGGAGACUUGAACACCAAAGUGAAGAUUUCAAAUGACGACAAGCUAAAAAUUGUUCGGCUAAGAACCGAGAUAGAAGAACUGGAACAGAGGCUUGUGAAGGAGAGAGAGCGUUACAACAUAGCUUCUCUGGAAGAUGGAAUCGGAAUUUCUACAAUCCCAUUUUUCAAUGUCACUGAUAAAAUGACUCUAGUGAAGGAUACAGCUGUGUAUCAGCUGAUGAUAGAAGUGGAGACAGCAAUAGACAACAUUCUGCUGCAAAGUGAUGUCCCACUGGACCUGCUGGAUGUUGAUAAGAACUCUGCCGUGCUUAGUCGAAGUGCAUGUGCUCCUGGUUCGGACAACCAGUUACUGGCGACAUACCGGUGUCAGAUGAACACCACGAGACUGGAGCUGUGUUUGCGUACGACUGAGGGUGUCGCUGGCACUCUGUGUGUCUACAUCACUGCGGUACUUCAGCCCAAGUGUUGCCAACUGCGCAGACACCAGAUCAAGCCACUCUCCCUGCAUACCCGCUGCCACCAGCUGGAUGUCUCUAGGUCCUUUAACAGUUUGGGUCUGAAAGGCAACUUCAGUUUAGCUGAGAUGCACAGUUGGGUGAGUCAUUGUCUGCCAGAAGUGCCAGAGAAACCCCCCUUGGAGGAUAAAGUCUCUUACAUCUUUACUUCUACUCUGAUGCAUUCCAUGCUACAUUGCACAUACAGCAAAGGAGAGGCAGAAUUUCGCUCUGACAAUGUCUCGACAAUCUGCAUUCUGAAAGAUUUUAUCACCAAAGAAGCGACCAAGAAAAAAAUCAAGCUUGAGAUAUCUAUUGACAUCAACGAUGACAGUGCAGCAAGCUUGUUGCGACGUCUCGACUCUCGGCUGAGCUCAGAAGUUGUCCUGGCUCGACAGGUAGGCUUGUUGGAGGCUCUCAGAGAACUGGAGACUGUGGAAGGCAGAGACCUGCUCAGCCCCGAGUACCAGCAGAUCCUUGACAACCAGAAACAGCUGUUGGAGCGAUACAACAGCCAGCCUGGCUAUCUCGCCCGCUUCACUGACUUGUUUGCGGCGAGAGACAGCGGCCGGUGUAGCUCUUUGAUCAUGCUUGAUUACUCGCAGGCCCUUGACUCCAUCAGCCAUGGUUUGCUACUCAGCAAAUUGAGACACUUUGGAUUUGGGGAUGUGGCAAUUAGCUGGCUAAGGUCGUAUUUGGGAAACAGAUCCCAGGUAACCAGGAUGGGUGUAGACACCUCGCCUCCCCUUAAAAAGCUUAGGGGAGUCCCGCAGGGUAGUUGUCUGGGACCCAUCUUGUUUACACUCUAG